AUGAGUUUAUUGUCCAAAGCCACUUCUGAAGAUAGAGAGAUCUCUAUUGUGUACUUGGGAUCACUUCCUCAUGGAGUGUACUCUCCAUUGUCUCACCACCACAGUAUUCUACAGAGAGUUAUCCAGGGAAGUUCUCUUGAAAGUUUAUUAGUGAGAAGUUACAAACGGAGUUUCAAUGGAUUCGCUGCCAAGCUCACUGACCAGGAAAGAGAAAAACUUGCAAACAUGAAGGAAGUAGUCUCUGUCUUUCCAAGCAGAACAUAUCAACUCCAAACAACAAGAUCUUGGGACUUUAUGGGUUUUGAUGAGAAAAUCAAUCGAAAUGCCACUGUUGAGAGUGACAUUAUUGUUGGUGUAAUUGAUAGUGGAAUUUGGCCUGAAGCAGAGAGCUUUACAGAUGUAGGUUUUGGUCCUGCUCCUAAGAGGUGGAAAGGUGCUUGUAAAGGUGGCAAAAAUUUCACUUGCAACAACAAACUCAUUGGAGCUCGAUAUUACACAGCAGAGUCUGCAAGGGAUGGUACAGGUCAUGGAACCCACACUGCCUCAACGGCAGCUGGGAAUGGUGUAAAGGAUGCAAGCUUUUAUGGACUAGCACAAGGUACUGCUAGAGGAGGAGUACCGUCUGCGAGAAUUGCAGCAUAUAAAGUUUGUGCUCCAACAUGCAUGGCACACAAUAUUUUGGCCGCUUUUGACGAUGCUAUUAAUGAUGGAGUUGACAUUAUUACCAUUUCAAUUGGACUUGGUUUUAUGGCAGAUGUAUAUGGGGAUGCUAUUUCCAUUGGUGCUUUUCAUGCAAUGGAGAAUGGGAUACUAACCACAAACUCUGCCGGGAACAAUGGUCCUUCAGAUGGUACCGUGUCAAGUCCAGCUCCUUGGAUAUUGACAGUUGCAGCAAGUAGCAUAGAUCGUCGGAUCAUUGACAAAGUUGUUUUUGGAAUUGGUACAACAGUAGUUGGGAAUUCUGUGAACUCUUUUACAUUAAAUGGAACAAGUUUCCCUCUGGUACAUGGAAAAGAUGUUUCAAGUAAUUGCACAGAGGAAGACGCAGGAUAUUGUAAAGAAGGUUGCCUGGACAGUCAAUUAGUAAAGGGAAAGAUUGUGCUAUGUGAUCGAUACACUAGUGCAAUUCCUGAGGCGUAUAAAGCUGGUGCACUAGGUUCAGUUGUACUUAAUUUCUACAACGAUGAUGAUCUUUCUUUGAUUCUCCCAUUAGCUGCAACGGCUUUACACCCCAAAGAGUAUAGUGUGAUGAUGUCCUACAUGAACUCCACUAGAGAUCCUCAAGGAACCAUACUAAAAAGUGAACACAUAAAAGAUCCUGCUGCACCUCAUGUCGCUUUCUUCUCUUCACGUGGACCAAAUCUAAUUUUACCGGAAAUUAUCAAGCCAGAUAUAAGUGCCCCAGGAGUACAAAUUCUGGCUGCAUAUUCGCCUGAUGCUUCCAUCUCAGAGUUUGAAGACAAGAGGCAUGUAAAAUACAAGAUCAUGUCUGGAACCUCCAUGGCUUGCCCCCAUGCUGCUGGUGUAGCUGCAUACGUUAAAAGCUUCCACCCUGACUGGUCUCCGGCUGCCAUCAAAUCAUCCCUUAUGACUACUGCUUGGCCCAUGAAUGAUACCAGCACCAAGAGCAACAUUUCCACAGGUGAAUUUGCUUAUGGAUCGGGACACAUCAAUCCGGUAAAAGCUAUAAACCCGGGACUAGUUUAUGAAGCUUCGAAAGAAGACUACAUAAGGUUGCUAUGCAUGAAAUAUGAUGAAGGCAAAGUUAGACUUGUAUCAGGUGAUAACAGCACAUGCCCUACAGAUAAAGGGUCACCACUGGAUCAUAACUACCCUUCAAUGGCAGCUAAAGUUACCCCAAUGAAUCCUUUCGCAGUUAAAUUUCAUAGAAGAGUUAAAAAUGUUGGCCUUGCAAACUCCAGUUACAAGGCCACAAUCUUUCAAGACUCCAAAGUUGAGAUCAAAGUGGUGCCUGAAAUUCUUUCCUUCAAGUCCUUGAAUGAGGAGAAGGCUUUUGAUGUGACUGUGGCUGGAAGCGGUGUGCCUUUUGGAUCACAAGUUUCAACAAAGCUGGUUUGGUUUGAUGGUACUCACAGUGUUAGAAGCCCAAUUGUUGUAUACACUGCAGCUAUGCAAAUGCAGGAUCAAUAUCCUUUUUAA